AUGUCUUUAAGAUUAGUGUUGUUGCUGUGUUUUGUGGCUGGUGUUAUCCCUAUUCAAUUAUCUCUUCAAGAAGGAGAGGAGAUCAAUGAGAAUGUUGUGCAGGGCUCGAAGUUAAAUGAGUGUUUGAAUGAUAGACGAGGUGCAGAAGUCGGAGUUUGUUUUGGCAAAGAAUUGAUAAAUAGACUGAACGAAUAUGAAGAUUCGGAUACUUUUAGUCUUGCGACUGGUGUGGCUUUGGUGAGAGAUGAGAAAACUCCGAGGGAUAUUGGAACUUUUUUGGAUAAAGAUCCAAUGGAUUUCAGGUCAAUAAUGGAGGAUGCCAGUAAUCUCAUCUCCAAAAGAUCUCUCCACUGGGACUUGAGUGCCAUGUACCCUGGACUGGUGAUGAGGAUUGGACCAACAUUGGCUAAUGGUGUAUUGGAGUUUGUUAUGGAUCCGAGGGUCAAGGAUCGAGCGUAUCAGCAUCAAGCCCAAGGGGAAUUGUCCACAGGUCGACUUUUGGCGAGAAAUUUACUGGUACCAUUCCUGUUGGGAUUCAAAUUUCAAUUAUCAACUUUACUCCCUCUGUUAUUGGGUCUUGUAUUGCUUGCCAGCAAAAAAGCCUUCCUAAUAGCUAAGUUGGCACUACUGGCUGUCACGGUAUUCAGUGGGUCGGGCUUCGGACAAUCAUUGGGAGCGUUCAGUCCAGUUUCAUCUUCUUACACGUCUUACGACCAUCCUGUCUAUCAUCACGACCAUCACAGCUCUGGAGGCUAUUACACCAGACCACAUCACGAGUAUUAUUAUAGGGAGAAAUCGGCAGAAACCACUACAGCAUCACCCAUAACUCCCGAUGAACUAAGAGAUAGACUAGAGAGACUAUUUGUUACGAAAAAAGAAGUGGAGUCAUCUAGAGACGACAGGAACGCUAGAAACUUUGUCUGGACUCCUAUUAACGCUGGCUAAUCAAUAUUUACAUCUUUGGUCCUUAAUAAUUAAUUUUAAUUAUAAAAUAAAAAUAAAUCUAUAUCUAUAAAAUAAAUCUAUCCACAACCUGCCUACAAAGAAUAUUGCGGUAUUUUGGUCAUGUUGCACGCAGUGAUACCAGCAAUUUGGAACGCCUUGUGGUGACCGGUAAAAUAGAGGGAAAAAAGCCUAAGGUCCCAAACGAUGGUCGGACCAAAUAGCGGAGGACCGGGGGAUACCUGUCAGCGACGCACUCCACCGGGCUGCAGGGCGGGAUCGAUGGAGACAGCUGGUUGACGAAAUCGGACGGAGUCACGAUCCUCAGCAGUGAGGGACCGAUCGAAGAGAGAUAAAAAAAGUAUAUUAUGAUGUAUAUUAGAGACAGUUCGUAUUAAGAGUUAGUCUUGUAAUUGUUUUGGAAAAUCGAUAAGAGGUGGCGCUGUUACACAAAUUUUUCACUUGACUUUAAAGAAAGCAUUGUGUAUUUUAAUUGGAACACGAUAGCUAAACCAA